UGCCGCCAGUCAGUGCCACCUAUCCGUGCCAGUCAGUGCCGCCUAUCAGUGCCAUCAUUGCCGCCUAUCAGUGACACCUAUCAGUGCCGCCUAUCAGUGCCAUAUAUGAGUGCAGACUUUCAGUGCCCAUCAGUGAUGCCUGUCAAUGAACAUCAGUGCCACCUACCAGUGCCUCCUCAUCAGUGCCCAUCAGUGCCACCUAUCAGUGCCCAUCAGUGCAGCCUAUCAGUGCCCAUCACUUCUGCCUCAUUAGCGCACAUCAGUGAAGGAGAAAAUCACUUAUUUACAACAUUUUGU